CCAAUUAAAACAUAGCAGAAAGACAGAGAAACAAUGGGUUUGAGAUCAAACUUUGCUCCAUUUCUAUCUUUAUUGUUCUUGUUGGCAUCUACUACUAAAGGUCAAUCUAACGGUGGUGUUUUUGAUGUCACUCGGUAUGGUGCAAAACCUAAUACUGAUAUUACUCACGCUUUACUAAAUGCAUGGAAAGGAGCAUGUGCAUCAACAAGUAGAAGUAAAGUGUUGAUUCCAAAAGGAGUUUACUUGUUAAGUCAAUCCAACCUCAAAGGUCCUUGCAAGAGUUCUAUUGAAAUUCAAGUUGAUGGGACAUUGCAAGCUCCUCCCGAUCCUAAAGGUGAUGGGUUGGUCAUUUUGGAAUAUAUCGAUAAACUGACAUUGUCAGGUACUGGAGUGUUUGAUGGACAAGGAAAAGUGGGUUGGGAAAAGAAUGAUUGUCACAAAAAGAAAAUAUGUACCAAACUUCCAAUGACUUUGAAGUUCAAUUUUGUCACCAAUUCAAUUGUGAGGGACAUAACUUCGUUGGAUAGUAAGAAUUUCCAUAUCAACAUCUUGGGUUGCAAAAAUCUUACAUUUCAACAUGUGACAAUAUCUGCACCAGAAGAUAGCCCAAACACCGAUGGAAUUCACAUUAGUAGUUCAGAACAAAUCACCAUUCUUAAUACAAAAAUAUCAACCGGAGAUGAUUGUGUGUCUGUAGGAGAUAGUAACAAACAAAUAACGAUUAGAGAUGUGACUUGUGGACCAGGACAUGGAAUAAGUAUAGGAAGUUUAGGCAAGUAUAGCAAGGAAAAGGCUGUGGAAGGCGUUUGGGUGACAAAAUGCAAAUUAACCAGUACUACAAACGGUGUUAGGAUAAAAACAUGGCCAGAUUCUGCUGGUGAAUACUCAGCCUCUGACAUGCAUUUUGAAGAUAUUGAAAUGAACAAUGUCAGCAAUCCUAUCAUCAUAGACCAAGAAUAUUGUCCAUGGAAUCAAUGCAAUCCAAAGAUUCCAUCGAGUAUUAAAAUCAGCAAAGUUAGCUUCAAAAAUAUUAGAGGCACUUCUGCUACUCCAGUAGCGGUCAAGCUUGUUUGCAGCAAAAAAAUACCUUGUGAAGCUGUGGAAGUUGUCGACAUUGACCUAAAAUACAAUGGAAACAAAGGACCAAUUAAGUCUCAAUGUGCAAAUGUGAAGCCGAUCAUUUCUGGAAAGCAAAACCCUCGGAUAUGUGCCUAAGCUGCCCCCGUUGAUACUCCAUCAACCGACUAGUUAAAUAUUUUCACCAUGCUCAAGUUAAUUACAAGACCAAUUUCUAUUUGAAUUUUUUCUAUUUGAGAUUUCAAAGUUUUCACAAGGAUGCUCCAUUAUUGGAAAAUUUUGUUUGUAUUAUUUAAAGCGGAACCAUAUCUCUCAAUAUAUAUGCUGAAAGAUCUCUCAU